AUGUCCGUCGAGAUUGAACCCUUUGAGCUCGGCUUCCGCAGGCCAUUUACUAUCGAGGUCGCGCAGAUCCUCAAGAUCAAGAACACCAACAAAGAGCCAAUUGCUUUCAAGGUUAAAACGACAGCCCCUAAGCAGUACUGUGUUCGACCAAACUCUGGUCGUGUUGAGCCCGGCCAUGAAGUCGAAGUUUCAGUCCUCCUGCAGGCCAUGAAGCAGGAGCCUCCUGCCGACGCCAAGUGCCGUGACAAGUUCCUCGUCCAGUCCGUUACCAUCACCGGCGACAAGGACUUCACCAACGUUCAGCAGAUUUGGGACGGUGUGCCAAAGUCGGCAAUCCAAGAGAGAAAGAUCCGAGUCUCUUGGCUCGCCGCCAACGACGACGGAAACGCGGAACCUGCGGUGUCGACUCCUCCCCGUCGCUCACUUGCUAAUGGCCAUGAGGAUACCCCCAAUGCCGCCCCUCCAGCCUACUCUUCCCCACACGAUGAAUCCACCAUUCUCGAUAACACCUCUCCAGGCCAACCCGAGCAGGAGUCCAGGGAGGAGACUGGGUCAACUGUCGCCGAAUCCGCCGUGGCCGCCGUCAAGACCACAGCCGUCGAGACCUACGAAGAGAUCAAGGCGAAGCUCGCUCAGGCGGAGGCUACGAUUGCCCAGCUAAAGAACGACGCAGCAAGUGGACUCAGACAAAGGAAGGCAGCCGUAACCUCCGAGGCAGACAACAGCAAGCCUUCCCAGCCCGAGCUCGCCCAGGCGACGAGACAAGGCACCGAGGGUGUGUCCGUUAAGGUCGUGGCCAUCCUGUGCUUUGUUAGUUUCAUGUUGGCGUACUUCUUCUUUUAG